GCAAGCAAGGGUGGAAGGAAAGCCUUAGCUUUCGGCAGCCGAUCUGGAUCAGGGGCCGGCCUCCCCGUCCAGAUUGUUUGGCGGGGCCGACUCGCCUUUUGCUCCAUGCAAUGCACCGCCUCCCUUAGCGCGAUGCAGCGGGCCGGAGGAGCAGCGGCGGCCGCGGCAGAACCUGGAGGAGGAGGCGGAGGAGGAGGCGGCGAGGCGGUUGCAGCAGCAGCGGCCUCGUACCGGGUGUUGAGCCGCUUGUUGGGCUACGGCGGGGCUGAGUCAGCCGCAGCCGGGUUGGCGCUUGGAGGAGCCGUCGGGGAAGCGGCGGCGGCGGCGGCUGUCGCAGCCGCGGAUCGGGGAAGGGCGGGCGGAUUACGGGGCUCGCAGCUCCUGGUCUUUCGCCCUGGCGAAGCUGGAGAACCGUCGGGGGUCUCCCCGGCCGCUUGUCUGCCGCCGCCGCCGCCUCAACCGCCCUCGGAGUUGCUGUGCGCCAGGCACCGGUGCGCUCUCCUGGACACCCCGAAAGGCGAGCCUGGCGGGGGGCGAUGCUGGAACGGAGCGGCUGGCGGCCUCCUUUUCCCCCCGGGGGCCGGCCUGGAGUUGCAGCUGGCCGCUUUGGGGCUACAUCAGGCGCCCCCGACCGCCCCUGGAGGGCCGGGCAAGCCCCCCGGCGAUUGCCCCUGCAUUAGCCUCUUGCCUCCGCCGCCUCUCGCCCCGCCGCCCGCUUUGCCCUUGUUACCCCCGGGGGAGGAGACCAGUGACGCCCUACUGGUGUUAGAAGCUCUUGGCCCCGACGAGGAGGACGAAGAGGAGGCGGCGGCUGCAGGGCAGGCAGAAUCGUCCAAUUCGACGGGUAUGGGGGGCAGCCGCGUUCACCUACCCGCGCCAGCAACCCUGGCUUCCGCUGCUGCUGCUGCUGCUCCUCCGGCAGGCCCGGUGCCCGCCGUCGCGGCCAACCGCCCCAGCUCAUCCGCCCCCUCCAGGAAAGGCUCCUUGAAGGUUCGCCUGAGCCGCCUUUUCCGCACGAAAAGCUGCAGUGGAUCGUCCUGCAACCCCGCGGCCACCACUGGUGCACGUCGGGGGAUCGGGGAGAGGGAACUACUACAAGCCGCUGCCACUCCAGCCACCUCGGGCACGGCAGGAAGCCUUCCGGAUGUGUCUCAACCUGGGUGUCGGGAGCAAGACUCUGGCAGAAAACCAAGAUUGAUGCGAACGCAAAGUGCCUUUUCUCCAGUUGCUUUUGGUCCCCUCUUCACAGGUGAGACUGUGUCACUGGUGGAUGUGGAUAUCUCUCAGCGUGGCUUGACGUCUCCGCACCCCCCGACGCCACCACCUCCCCCGCGCCGAAGCCUCAGCCUUCUGGACGAUAUCAGUGGGACACUGCCUACAUCUGUCUUAGUGGGUCCGAUGGGGUCUUCGUCCCUCCAGUCUUUUCCUCUGCCUCCACCGCCUCCACCGCACGCCCCUGAUGCAUUUCCCCGGAUCAUCCCAAUCAGAGCACCAGAAGCAGUACACAGCCAGCCUGCACAGCACCUUCAGUGCCCCCUCUACCGGCCUGACUCAAGUAGUUUUGCAGCUAGCUUGCGGGAGCUAGAAAAAUGUGGUUGGUACUGGGGACCUAUGAACUGGGAAGAUGCCGAAAUGAAGCUGAAAGGGAAACCUGACGGGUCCUUCCUAGUUCGUGAUAGUUCUGAUCCCCGGUAUAUCCUGAGCCUCAGCUUUCGAUCGCAGGGUAUUACCCAUCACACUAGAAUGGAGCACUACAGAGGAACCUUCAGUCUUUGGUGCCACCCCAAGUUUGAGGACCGCUGCCAGUCCGUGGUGGAAUUCAUCAAGCGUGCCAUCAUGCACUCCAAAAAUGGGAAGUUCCUUUACUUCUUGCGAUCCAGGGUCCCAGGUCUCCCUCCAACCCCUGUCCAGCUCCUUUAUCCAGUCUCUCGGUUCAGCAAUGUUAAAUCGCUACAGCACCUCUGCCGCUUCCGGAUAAGGCAGCUGGUCCGCAUUGAUCACAUUCCAGAACUACCACUCCCCAAGCCUCUGAUCUCUUACAUCCGCAAGUUCUACUACUACGACCCCCAGGAGGAGGUGUAUCUCUCCUUGAAGGAGGCCCAGCUUGUUUCCAAACAGAAGCAAGAGGCAGAGUCUUCAACGUAGUGAGGGCCCCCCCACCCCUGCCAUGCUGCUGUCAUCAACGGAAUUCGGUCACCAGUAUCCUGUAGCUAUGGAAGCUGCACUGGAGAGGACUCCUAGCCUUUGCUUUCCGUCUGUCUCCAGGCCUCCAGAGAGGGUCCAGGACUCAAUAAGAAGCACAGCUGUGCACAGAAAUGGGAGCCUUGACCCCAUCUGGUUCCAUAACGAGGUUGGAAUCUGCUGAGACUGGACUGCGAGCUCCUGGAAGGAUGGAGAAUGUUAUUUUUCUUGUUAAAUUUCUAUUUUUUGGUGCUCCCCCCUUCCCUUUCUUCCGGCAUGGGAAAUAGUGAGCCGAUUUUACAUUUUGUUUACCUGUUGCCGUUUUUGGGGUGGGGGUGGGUGGGGGACGUGCACAUCAGAUUCUGAGACUUAAUGAGCAAAACUGUAUUUCCCAUCUAUUCUGGUUGGCCGCUGCUUUCACCAGCAAAGCCUGAGCCCAAGCUGCACUGAGCUAUAUAAGACUGUUGUGCUGUGAAGGGGAAGAGCCAGCAGAGGGGUGGGGAGGCAGGGUCUGUCGAGCUGUGGUAUGGCUUCCUGCACUCUUAAGGAAAGCUUGCUGGAGGUGUGUGUGUGCGUGUGUGCGCAAAUAUUGAAGCCUGGUCAAACAGUGGGAAAUCAGCCAGGUUGAGGGGGGAAAUGCUGUUGCCUUUGUUUGAGUGCAAAUGGGACAUGGGUAGCAUCGUGGAGCUCUUCCACCGCAGGUGCCGUUUGCAGUUUGAAUAAUGGACGUAUCUAUCUCUUGACUUUCCUCCACCACUACUAACAUCCAUGUCCUGGCUGUUGUAACAAUGUCGAUAACCCCAUCAGGCAGAUGUAAAUGCACAGUGGACAUCCGAAGCCAAUCUCUGAUUGCAAACGGGCUUUUCACCUCAUUAACAGCUCCUGACAACUUCGAACCAAGAUGACCUACUGAACAAAUAGAGCGAAGGCUUGGCAGGUGAAAGGCAGUGCCUCUCGGACGUUUUAAUGUGGGGAGGCAAAUUUUUUGAAGCACCUUAGCCCCCCAUCCCGGUGUGAGAGAGGGAAAGAACAAAGUAAAGUUGGGAGUAGUCAUUUUCUCUCCUCUUCACCAAACCCUCCCCCCAAAAUUCUGUAAGGUAGAGCAUCUAUCUUCCAGCCUUAGUGGGAAAACUGCUCAGUACUUCAACAAAGUAAUAUUGCAUACUGUUGUUCACGGCAAGAGCAAGAUGAGGAUUUUGUCAUAGCAAAAAACCAACCAACCUACAACUAUUUAGAAGUGAUUGUGACAUCCAAGAGGUAUGUCUCCUUUUUUUUUGGUAUGUGCUAAAGCUUCUUCCAUCCCUUGCUGAAGGUACUUGGCCUAAGUUUGUUGGUGAUUUUUUUGAAAGCUGUGAUUUAACUUAUUAUUAUUUAUAUUAUUAUUGUUGUUAUUAUUGUUAUUAUUAUUAUUACUGUUGUUAUUGUAAAGCUUGCUCCAUAUUUCGUGACCAGUCUUACUCUGCUUCAGCCACCAUCUCCAUCCUGCACACUGGAUAUAGCAAACUGUGAGAUUUCAUAGUUACUGAGACUUUACUUGGGAAUUUUCUUAGAAUAAAAGAGGACAGCUCGUAAGUUAUCUUUUAAAGAUAAAUCUUGAAAAACCCUGAUUUCAUCUCUGUGUGUUUUUUAAAUGAAUAGGCUCUAAGGAAGCUGGGCUUCUGUUCUUCCCAUUAUGAGCUUCAAAGUUGAUUCCAGCAUUCAGUCCUAAUAGCUGCUUGUGCAACACCCUCUCAAAUCUCUCAUGCUGUUUUUGUCCCUGCGUUGGUCUGAAACAUGCUUCUGAGUUGACUUUUAUUUACUGCCUCAGCAACCAUUGAUCCAUGCAUCACUCUACCCGCAAAGAAGAUUUUCUUUGGUCGCCCAUCCUUGUACGUUAUUUUCUUUUUAUGAAAUAAGUGAAUUGAAGAUGCACUGAUCUGCUGAAGUUGAGCCCUUCCCUGAGGGUCCGUUGUCUCCUAACAGUUCUCACAGCAGCCGAGACACUUGUGUUAGACGAGAGCCAAUGAAGGUGUUGGGUGUUUCCUGUGGUGGUAGUGGUGGUGGCGAGAAAAACUGCAUCCUUGGAACUUCUUCUGAUACACUGGAAAAAGGCAUGGCCCGCUGCUGCAGUACAUGGGGCUUUGCUAGCACUGAAGCUGUGCAUCAAAGUAGCAGCAAAGGAAGUAUUACUGAAAGGACUUGCAAACUUGAAACUGAAGAAGUUCUCGGUGCUGGAUGGAAUCUUGAACAAACAACAACCCUCAGACGUGCAUUUUGAAGUGUAACAAUACACGGGAAGGACAAUCUGUUUUAUCCUAAUUAGCACGCCUUGGAGCUUGUGUGUGGUUGCAAGAGAGGGUUUAAAGACACUGGAAUUUAGUUGUGAGUGGCAGCCAAAAGAGGAUUCAAGAUUUCGCGCUUAUCCGGACAAGAAAUUUGUUGGUGGCUCUUUAGUGAGUUGUUCAAAGGCCUUGGAUUGCAUACAGUUUUUUCUUAAUCCAAUCUCAUCAUAUCCACCCUCCUUACCUCACUUAAAAUGGCAAGCUCCUCAAUCCAUUGUGGACUUGGAGAUUUAUUUAUUUCCCCUCUCUUCAUGCUUGAUUCAAAUAAGAGAUGAGACCAAAAGUCCCACAAAGCUAAGGCCUGCACUUGCAGCGGUGGUGGGAAAAUGUUUCUUAAAAUCUGGUUCAAACACGCACAAACCAUGUCCCAGCGAUGGGCACUGGGUGUCUGCUAUUGGCCUCCUGUCAUUUUGUUGAACUGAACACCUCUAGAACUCCAUUGCCUGACUACCACAUAGCGAAGGCCCGAUGACGUGUAAAUAACUCGCAGGGAGCCAUUUGGCUUCCUUGGCUGCUGUUGGGUCCACGUUAGGUCUGCAGGAACGGCUUUCCUGUUAAAGGAGCCUCCUGGUUUUGUUUGUUCUUUAAUUCAUCCCUUGUGGAGCUGUUCAAUGAGUUCUCUUUUUGAAAUGUGUGAAUGUUGUGGAUGAGUGUUAUUCACAGUAAGAAAUUAUGCACUGUAUCUUUUUUGGGGGGGAGGAGGGUGUUGUCUGCCUCUGUCUAAUCCAUUGCUUUGGUAUCUUCUGAUGUGGCAUCUGUUACUCUCCGUAGUAAUAGUUGGGAGAGAAGUGGGGGAGGGAUGGUUAACCAAGAACAAGCUGGUGGUUUUAAAAAUCUCUUUAGAAUCAAUUGCCCCAUUUUACUCUUUGUAAUUUGUACUUUUAUUUUCAUUUAGUGCGUUCAGGUUGGGCCUGGGAACUUCCCAGCACUUUGGCUCCUUAUAGUCCUUGGAGCUUUUACUUCAGCAAAGGAUGCUCUUCUUCCUCCCAAUAUCUGGAACAGAAAGUAAUGUGUAAAUACUUCCCUCUGAAUAGAAUUUGGGGACCCUGGUUAGCCUUUACAAUGCUACUUUGGCUGUGUGGAAGAGCAGCAACAUAUCCAUAAGUACUUAUGUAAGUCUUUGCUAGUGCCAGAGGAUGAAAAAUGGGGAAGAAAAGGUUUGCUUGAUGGGCCAGCAGCUAUUGAAUCCUGGUCCAAAAAUACAGAACUUUAAUUGUGUCGGCUUACAGUACCACACUAGCAAACUUUUGGGUUUCUGGAUUCAAAUGUCACUUCUUUUUUUAAUGAGGUGGGCUGCAGAUGCAGCUUGUUACAGCCAUGCUCUUAAUUGCUUUGGAAUUUUUUUUUAUAACUUGGGUGCUAACUUAAGGCUAAAAAGAGCAGGCAAUGUUUUACAAUUCAGUGCAUCUUUUAGAAGAUGCCCAAAGGGGCUGUUUUUGGUUGUUACUACAAAUCAAAUCUGCACAAUGUUGUGAUGUUCCCUUCUAUUCGCCCCAGAGCUCCUUGAUACAGUAUCUCUCAAAAACGAUAAGGGACAUGUGCGCUGAUGAAGUAAUUAUUAUUUAUUUUUAUGAACUGCCUAAAAUGCA